GUCGCUAAGGCGUAUGGCGCAAAGGCGGUGCACGAGGAGACGUUCCGCGUGUACACGACCACGCCCGUGGACGAGUCGGAGAGCAACAACGCCAUCAAGAUGGAGGUUGGGAUUGAGGACUGCCUGCACAUUGAGUUUGAGUACAACAAGUCCCGCUACCACUUGCGCGAGGUCGUCCUCGGCAAAAUCUUCUUCCUCCUCGUGCGGAUACGGAUCAAGCACAUGGAGCUCGCCAUCAUCAAGCGCGAGUCGUCGGGCGUCGGCGCGAACGCCUACACCGAGUCGGACACCGUCGCAAAGUAUGAGAUCAUGGACGGCGCACCUGUGCGCGGCGAGGCGAUCCCGAUCCGCCUCUUUCUUUCCGGCUUCGACCAGCUGACGCCCACGUUCCGCAACGUCAACAACAAAUUCUCGGUGCGCUACUUCCUCAAUCUGGUUCUGGUGGACGAGGAGGACCGCAGGUACUUUAAGCAGCAGGAGGUCUUCUUCUACCGCAAGGGGCCGUAGCUCCGCGGCUGCGCACCGUGCAGUUCACGGGGGCGGCACUGGCGCGGCUGUGUGCGCUCAGAGCGAUUGAGCCACCGCCGCGUCCAUGUACACCGGUCUGCUUAGCUCCGAGCGGCGCCGCCUCUCUGUCGUCUGGCCCGCCUGGGCUGCUCUACCCUCUAUAGUGGAAAAAAGGUAAAAGGUGACAU